CAGCCCUGGCAGCGGUGACGUCAUCGAGCACUGGGUUGAGCAGCAGAGAGAGAGCGAGAGCUCGAGAGCGCUGCGGCGGAGCUCAUACUCAUAGGGCCUGCGAACGAAGCACUGGGAGGACAACUAAGAGCACGCUGAACGGGAUAUUCCAUCUCUUCUACAUGCACCAACGCAGAGGCUAAUAGGGAUAAAGGCCGUUUCCAUCCGUAUUCCUUCUUUUCCCCCAAACUGUCGAGAGGCAACCUGUAAAGAAGACUUCACCAGAAAUCGAUCCAGCAGUUUUUUUUAUCACUUUAUAGCAGAGGUAUCUGCUCAAGCGUCGGUUCUGGCUACACACCAACAACAACCAAACUGACUGACCUCACUAACCAAAGAAAUGGUAAUGGCCUUGCAAACCUUUCGUCUUCAAGCACCCGAAGGUCACGCUCCUCCUCCGAGUCCAAUGCCUCAAGCCACGGCUUCAUCUACCUCCACCGCUAGCCCUCGUUUGGUGUUCCCAGAGAAGUUUGAUGGCUCACCCUCGUAAUGUAAGGGUUUUUUAAACCAAUGUUCCAUGUUUGUUCACCAACAACCCAUGUUGUAUCCCACAGACGAGGCUCACAUCCCAUUUGUCUGUUCGCUUCUGCCUGGAAGGGUGUUGGAGUGGGCUACCGCGGUGUGGAGUGAGAAUCAUACAUACUCUUCUCAGCCUUCAUCCAUCGGUUUAAGGAAGUUUUUGAACAUCCUGCUGGUGGAAAGGAGGCAGGUGAGCAGCUGUUAUAUCUAUGCCAUGGAAGGGGUUAGGCAUCGGAUUAUGCUCUCUCUUUUCGCACACUCGCUGCACAAACAAGGUGGCCGGAGGAUCCUCUCAAACUACACUUCCGCAGAGGUUGGAGCAUGGAGUUACAGUCUGAAUUAGCUUGUCGAGAUGAGGGGACAUCCUUGGAUCAAUUCCUUGGGCUGGCGAUCCGGAUUGAUAACCUACUUCGCUCUCGUCGUCAGACUUGGCUCUCUUCGGUUCUUGUCGGCACCACAUCGCUACCUCCUGACAUAAAGGAACCCAUGCAAGUCAGCUUUACUCAUCUCAGUUGAAAGGAUAGAGACACACAUUUGCCAAAAUCUGUUCCUAUACUCUGGAUUAUCUGGACACAUGAGACCCUUCUGUCCCACUUGUCCACCUCGCAAUCCUACUGCGAGGGACUCCAUGAAAGAUGUCAGAGGAGGCAGUUGUUAUUGCCAAGUGGGACUAUGCGGCACAGCAAGACCAGGAACUUGACAUUAGGAAAAAUGAGCGCUUGUGGCUCCUGGAUGACUCAAAAACGUGGUGGCAUGUACGAAAUGCAUCCAACAGAACAGGCUACGUUCCUUCGAAUUACGUCGAACGCAAGAACAGUCUAAAGAAAGGCUCUCUGGUGAAAAAUCUCAAAGAUACACUUGGCCUGGGAAAAACGAAACGGAAGACGAGCACACGGGAAGCCUCUCCAACACCCAGCACAGAUGAGUACUCGUCUAAUGGGGGCGGAGCAGAUCGAAUAUAUGAUAUGAACACUCCAGUGGUGGUGAAGUUUGCCUACAAUGCAGAGCGGGAGGAUGAGCUCAGCCUGGUGAAGGGAGCCCGGCUGAUGGUGAUGGAGAAAUGCAGUGACGGCUGGUGGAGGGGCAGCUAUAACGGUCAGGUGGGCUGGUUCCCUUCCAACUACGUCCAGGAGGAGGAGGAGGUGGAGGACACGUCAGCUGACCUGCCCGCUGUCUUCUCCUCACGGCUGGGCCUCAGUAAUGGCCAGGGCCCCAGAGUCCUUCACACUGUUCAAGCGCUCUACCCCUUCAGUUCCGUCACUGAGGAGGAGCUGAACUUUGAGAAGGGUGAGAUGAUGGAGGUGCUGGAGAAGCCAGGGAAUGACCCAGAAUGGUGGAGGUGUAAGAACUGCCGUGGGCAGGUGGGUCUGGUGCCAAAGAACUAUGUGGUUGUGCUCAAUGAUGGUCCAUUAGCCGUGGGUCCCCAUUCCCAGCAGAACAGCUACACGGAACCCUCCCACACGGGGAAAUUCGCCGGAAAGGACUGGUACUAUGACAACGUGACACGGCACCAGGCUGAGUGUGCACUGAAUGAGAGGGGGGUGGUGGGAGACUUCCUUGUGCGAGACAGCGAGUCCUCUCCGAGUGAUUUCUCAGUGUCUCUGAAAGCAGUCGGGAGGAACAAACACUUCAAAGUGCAGCUGUCAAACGGAGUCUACUGUAUCGGUCAACGGCGCUUCAAUACUAUGGAUGAACUGAUAGAGCACUACAAGAAAGCUCCCAUCUUCACUAGCGAACAUGGAGAGAAACUUUACCUUAUCAAACCCCUCCAGUGACCUUCCACACACAAAUGAGCCUUACAACCAGACAUGACUGGACCAGACCAGACCAGACCAGAUCUGACCUCACACUGAGCCAAGUGAUCUGCAACUCCUAAUUACCGCUCAUUUCUCACCAGCAAACAGGGAACCUACUGAAUAACUACCCACAGGGAAAUCAUAGGAUGUUGUUUCCGCUGAGUACUCCUUCCUGUCCCAGUUGGCUCUGUUACUUUAGCUCUUUUCACCUGGAGUGGUUCACCCUUAAUUAAUAUCACUUGCCUAUAAUUGAAGCACUUGCCUAUUGCCUUGAUGAUAUCUAGUUUUCUGUUCACACUUAGCCGACAUCGAGACGCAAGAAAGCCAACAGAUGAAGCUUUCAUCUGAUCCAUACUUCGACUGAUACAGUAGUUACAGGGCAAGCGCAAUAAUGCAUACUCAGAGGAAUUACAGUAAACUGUAUAUGCAUGGGAGUUGCCAAAAAUAGAGUUGGUGACAGGUACUUGUCGCCCCCUGCCGGAUGAACUGAGAAAUGCCAAUGGGAGGGUCUAAUGAGAUGAAUGUUUUGUAGAAGCUUAACCAAAUGUGCCACCUUUACAUUCAAACACUGUUUAUCUAAUAUAUCCUAUAUCAUUCUCAUUCAGAUUCACACAUCUGUAUCUGCAAAGAAUGGUUUGGUGUGUCCAUUCAGCUUUUAGUUUCCGAGCUUUUGUAAAAGUGUGGUACGUCUGAAUGUCACUGAGCAUUGUUAUUUAAAGCCAUGUUUAUUUAAUGUGAGAAAUAAGCUGCGGAGAAGGACAAUGUAGCCGUGAGCUCCACAUGAUAGCUGUGCAAAAAGUUGAAAUACUUUCAAUUAAACAUUUUGCAAGAGUAA